GCCGCGGGGAGAAGAGCGGGUUGCUGGGAGAAUGAGGGAGGAAAGUAAGGAGGGGAACGCGGAAGUGGUGGUGGCGCCUGGGGAGCAGGCGGGGGCGGUGAUUGCGAAGUCGGAGACUGGAACCUUGCGUCGAGGGGAGGGGAAGGCGCGGGUUGGCAGAAGGGCAUCCGCCUUCUAGGACCUGCACGCGGUGCGGGAGCGGCUGGGCCUCCUUUCUCCACUUCCUCGGGCGCCCGGGGUGAUGGCGGUGAUGAUGGCGGCAGUUUAUCCCGCGGCCUCUGUGCAGCCGCGCUCCGGGAGAUACGCCCAGAAAGUGGCCAGAAGAAGCUUCCUGUUGGAAAAACUGAAAGAGCAGUAUUUAUAACGCUGCUGGAAUUUGGGGAUGAUCUGUUAAAAUGGCAGAAAGUAGUGACAACGGUAAUAAAAACAUGGACGUGAGGCCCAAGACGAGCAGGAGCAGGAGCGCGGACCGCAAGGAUGGCUACGUGUGGAGCGGCAAGAAGCUGUCGUGGUCGCGCAGGGCCGAGGGCGCAGACGCCGAGGCGCAGGACGGGGCCCCGGUGCCCGGCUCCGCGACCAGCCUGGCGUCCAGCAGCAGCGUGGAGGACAGUGACAUGGACUCCGACGAGGACCUCGUCACACUGUGCGCCAGCCUCAGGAAGAGGAACAAGCCCAAGUGGGAAGACGAGGAGCUGCUGCGGCUGGAGACGCCGCGCAAGUGCCACACGCAGGUGGACUACGUGCACUGCCUGGUGCCCGACCUGCUGCGCAUCAACAACAACCCCUGCUACUGGGGCGUCAUGGACAAGUACGCGGCCGAGGCGCUGCUCGAGGGCAAGCCCGAGGGCACCUUCCUGCUGCGGGACUCGGCGCAGAAGAACUACCUGUUCUCGGUCAGCUUCCGCCGCUACAGCCGCUCGCUGCACGCAAGGAUCGAACAGUGGAACCACAACUUCAGCUUCGACGCGCACGAUCCCUGCGUCUUCCACUCGCCCGACAUCACCGGGCUGCUGGAGCACUACAAGGACCCCAGCGCCUGCAUGUUCUUCGAGCCCCUCCUGUCCACACCUCUCAUUCGGACCUUCCCCUUCUCCCUGCAACACAUCUGCAGGACGGUCAUCUGCAACUGUACGACCUACGACGGCAUCGCCGCGCUGCCCAUCCCUCCGUCCAUGAAGCUGUACCUGAAGGAGUAUCAUUACAAAUCAAAGGUCAGCGUCCUUAGGCUCGACGCGGCCGAGCAGUGCUAGACGGCCCGCCGGAAGCGGAAGCGGAAGCGGAAGCAGCCCGUGCCUCUUUUCACUGGGUUCUUCACUCUUGCUCCGCCUCUGAAGUUUUCUCAAAGGCAAUCGGAGUACAGAAGAAACCUCUGCCCAUAAUUUUACCUUCACAUCAGUUUGUUUUUAUGAUACACUAAUUAUUUAAGGUUAUACCCAAGAGGUUAAUAGAUAUUUUUAACCAGAUUUUUGGUUUUGCUAUAUAGAUUAUAUACUUAAAUUUUUUCUUUACCUAAUUUAUAUAUGGUCUAGGCAUCUUUGAAAUUUGAUAGGAUUGCAAAUACAUUUGAAUAGCCUAUAUUUUUGUUUAAAAAUAAUCUUAUUUGCUACAUGUAAAUUAUUUCUUUAAUCUAUACCAUCAGUAUUCCUAAACACGAAAUAUUCUUUUUCCAGUCCCUUUUCAUUGAGUUUUUAAAUUCUUCAGCAGUGUUACAAUUCAUCCAUACUAAUGUAAUUCAUUCAGUUUUUUAACUUGCUAACAGCGAUGUUAAAAUAACAAAAUGUUUCAAGUUAAAUUUUGUGUUUUUUGGUUUUUGUUUAAUU